UUAAUUUGAUGCGAUAAAAAUUUGUUCAAAAAUAUAUUGAGUAAAAAUUCUUGACUUUUUCAGUCAGUGAUUUUCAGUGUGACAGUAAAUAUUCAAAUUAUCAACAAAAAAGCACAACAUAGACAAAGAUUAAAUUUAAUUUUACAAUCAUUAACAUUGUCAGCCUAUUACAAAUAAUUGAAAGUCAACUUAUGAUGGGGUGAACACAAUAUUCUUGUCUAUGGUGAACACGCUUGGGGAAUCACCAGUAAAAGUAAAUAUGGACGAUCAAAACCUUAUGGAUCUUGUGGAAAGCAGUGAUGAGGAAACUCCAUCAUUUUCAAAAUUAUUGUCUGUUGAGGAUAUGCUUUUAGGCAAAGGCAGGCAAGAAAAAUCGUUGGGCAACUUAGCCACCAAGUUUGCUGAUCUUCUUCGAAACUCUCCAGAUGGAGUAAUGCAUUUAAACAAAGCUACUGCAAUGCUUGCUGUUAAACAAAAAAGAAGAAUAUAUGAUAUUACAAAUGUACUUGAAGGUAUUGGUUUAAUAGAAAAAAAGACCAAAAAUCAAGUUAGAUGGAGGGGAGUUGAAACAAGUGAAGAUGAUAAGACUGCAGUAAUGAGAACAAAACUUCAAGAAGAAAUACAAACUUUAAAAUGGCAAGAAGAUAUUUUAGAUAAACAAUUAGAGAUUCUUAGUCGUGAUUUUAAAGUGCUUAAGGAAGAAAAAUCUUUUGCUCGUUACAUGUAUUUAUUGAGUAGUGAAAUCUCCAAUAAACAAGAAAAACGAUCAGUGUUUACUGUACAACCUAUGGAAGCACUUAGAGGAGCUAGUAUUUCCAUACCAAGAACCAAAUUUAAUCGAAAUUAUAGUUUAAAAUCAUCCGAUAACAGUAUGCCCUUUAGGAUAAAUAUUAAUUCUAAAACUGUGCCAGUUAACAUGAAUCUUAUUUCUUUCAAAGCAUUUGGUCAACUUGAGAAUAAAAGAUGUGCUUCGGAAACAAAUAGUAAAUUAAGAAAAAUACCUCGCACUAAUUCUUCUGAUGAUGUGAAAUCUAGUGUUAUAUAUAAUAAUGAAGAAUCUGACGAUGUAGAAGAAAUUAUUGUAUUGAAUAAAGAAGGUAAACAAGUGGAAAAAAAUACAAAUUGUGAUACGCUUGAUGAUAAUGGAGCUAAAUCAUCUACCAGAGUUCCUCCACGUUAUGAUCCAAUCUUCAGGUUGAGCCCACCUCCAUCAGUAAAUACUUUCCCGUGUUUAAUUGACCCUUCGGAAGGUGCAUUUGAAGCUUUUGAUAUUAAACCUAAAUAAUAAGAGUUAUUGUAAUUAAUAUACUAUGUUUAAUAAAUUACCAAUACAUUGUA